AUGACGAACUCUGACAGAACAAACAGAAGGCAGGCUUUCAUGGAGGCAUCCAUGUUUUUUCCCACUUUGCACGUCGAACGUUCCGAGAGUUUCUACCAAUCUGGCAACUCUGGGGGGAGCUUCACCCCAGCCCAAAUUCCUCUGGACUGUGAGAGCAGCAUCACAGAGCUGACUGGCCAGACAGAGAGAAGAGCUCAAUGUAUAGCUGAUGAAGUUGAGAAGGUUGUGAUCAUGUGGAAGAAAGCAGUGGCGUUUUUGCUCCAACUUUCCUACAUCUCCCAUCAUGUGAGUGCUCUUCAGAGAGGAGAGCUUUUCCCCUAUGGGCCAUUGAGCGGGGAUUUGACUCUGCAGGAAGGAGACGAUGAAACAUCUAAAGUGAUUGCGUUGAGCAAACCCAUGCACUUCUACGACACCUCCUUCAGCAAAUUAUAUGUGGCCACCAAUGGCAUCAUCUCACCUCAUGACCUUCCUAUGGAGAAGCAGUACGUUGAUGAUGGAUUCCCCACCGAGUUCCCAGUUAUCGCACCCUUCCUCGCUGACAUAGACACCAGUAAUGGAAAAGGAGCCAUCUACUAUCGGCAAACUGAGUCCCCUAGUGUCCUGAAUCGAAUAGCUGCUGAGGUCCAGAAAGGGUUCCCAGACACUCAGUUUACACCAACUCACGCCAUCAUCGCCACGUGGGAAAACGUAGCUGCUUACAAAGAGAUCACACGCACCGAAUCAUCCAGACAGGUUAACACAUUCCAAGCGGUGGUGGCUUACGAUGAGGAGAACACCUACGCUCUUUUUCUUUACCCAGAGGAUGGACUGCAGUUCUUUGGAACGCGUCCUAAAGAGAUGUUCAAUGUGGAGAUCGAGCUGCCCGCGCGGGUCGGCUUCACCAGGGGAGAAAUCCCAUAUUUUAUCUUCACACGCACUGAGGGACCUUACUUCAGCCUCACCAGCAAUGAGCAGUCUGUCAAGAACUUGUACCAGACGGGUAACACUGGCGUGCCUGGCGUUUGGCUCUUCCACAUCGGAAACGCAUAUUCAUUCCGCAACGUAAUUCCAGCAGCAGCUUCGGGCCCUUUACCCACCGCAGUCCCUAGGAAGCAAGCGGUUGUGUUCCAAACCACCCCCGAGUACCCUGCAGGAGAGUAUGAGACUGAUGACGAGUCUUUCGACGAAGAGCAAGAAUACAACAUUGAUCCAGAUUUUCAGACUCCAGAUGUCACAGAAUUCCCUCAGCCAGACCACGAUGCCUCUCUGUUGAGUGGUCUGAACCAGGAAGCUGACUCAAAUCUGUCCCCACUUGACCCCUACAAAGGGGAUGUCACACUGAGCCCUGACCCUCAGACUGACCACAUUGUUCCUACAAAUGUUCCUCCAGAGGAAAUCGUUGAGUCCGUGCAUCCGGUGCCAGAGCACACUCUUCUGGAAGCGUAUCCCAUCCGCCCUGAGGUGGUUAACGUGGAAGAAGAUUUGGAUUUCGACUCUGGAGUGAUUCACUAUUCCACUGAAAACAAGGAGACGUGUGAUCGUUUCCAGCAGACCUGCAGCCAGAAUGCUUACUGCGCCGACUACUCAUCAGGCUACUGCUGCCACUGCCAUGCCGGUUUCUAUGGAAAUGGACGCCAUUGCCUUCCUGAUGGUGCUCCUCAACGUGUGAAUGGAAAAGUCAAUGGGAUGGUUUCUGUAGGUUCGACCCCAGUGGGACUGGAUAGCAUCGACCUCCAUGCUUACAUCGUAGUGGGUGAUGGUCGCGCAUACACAGCCAUCAGUGAAGUCCCAGAGCCUUUGGGGUGGGCACUAAUGCCUGUCACACCCAUUGGUGGCCUUUUUGGGUGGCUCUUUGCCCUCAAGCUUCCCAACAGCCAUAAUGGCUUCAACAUCACUGGCGCUGAGUUUACUCGCCAUGCCGAUGUGACCUUUUACCCCGGCAACCAACGACUCAUCAUCGUUCAGACCGCCAGGGGGUUGGACAGCCAGAACUACCUGAGCGUAGAAACUCAUCUAGAGGGCAGUGUGCCGUUUGUUCCCCCUGGUGCCAGCAUUCAGAUGGAGCCUUUUGCAGAGACCUACCAGUAUUACCCAUCACUGAUCACAUCCAGCUCAGUACGGGAGUUUACGAUCAUGUCCGCGCAGAGUGGAGCAGAAAAAUUCACCUACCAGCUGAGACAGAACAUCACCUACAGGGACUGCAGACACACACCACACGCUGGAGCUGAGACGCUGCAGCUCAAUGUUGAGCGCAUCUUUGCCAUGUAUGUCAAAGAAGAGCGCGUUCUCAGAUACGCCAUCACCAACAAGAUCGGCCAUGUCGGAGAUUACAUCCCGGACCCUGUGCAGUUGAACCCCUGCUACUUAGGAAGUCAUGAUUGUGACACCACAGCACAAUGUGUACCAGGAGAAGGACAGCACUUUACCUGUGUGUGUGCUACUGGAUACACUGGAGAUGGACGCAACUGCUAUGAUGUGGACGAGUGCGCUGAAGGUCUGAGCUCCUGUGGGAGUCACGCUCAGUGUGUGAAUUUGCCUGGAAGUCACAGCUGCCAGUGCCAGAGCGGCUUUGAGUAUGCACAUGACAGUCGCACCUGUAUAGAUGUUGAUGAGUGCCGAAGACAUCCAUGCCACCCUCAUGCUUCCUGCACCAACACCUUGGGCUCCUUCCACUGCCGAUGCCAGCCUGGAUUCCACGGCGAUGGCUUCCAGUGUCACCGUCAACAUGUUGGGGAAGAGCGUCCCAAAACUCCAUGUGAGCAUCACAGAGACAGCGCACAGAGUGGAGUAGACGGUUUACCUGUGCUGGGAGCAUUUGUCCCUCAGUGUGAUGAGGAGGGUCACUACAGGUCUCAACAGUGCCAUGGCUCUACAGGAUACUGCUGGUGUGUGGACAGUAGGGGGCAGGAGAGAGUGGGAACCCGCACCCCACCUGGUACCCCACCUGCCAACUGUGACGCUCCAGAACGUCCUAAGACUGAGUGUGAACAGCAUAGAGACAGGGUGCAGGAUGGAGCAGUGCUGGGAGCCUUCAUGCCUGAGUGUGAUGAGGAGGGUCAAUACAGGUCUCAGCAGUGUCAUGGCUCUACAGGACACUGCUGGUGUGUGGACAGUAGGGGGCAGGAGAGAGCGGGCACCCGUACGCCACCUGGUACCCCACCUACCAACUGUGACGCUCCAGAGCGUCCUAAGUCUCAGUGUGAGCAGCAUAGACAUAGCGCACAGGGUGGAGCGGAUGGUGUGCCUCUGGUGGGAGCCUUCAUCCCUCAGUGUGACGAGGAGGGUCGCUACAGACCUCAACAGUGCCAUGGCUCUACAGGACACUGCUGGUGUGUGGACAGUAGUGGGCAGGAAAGAGCAGGCACCCGCACCCCUCCUGGUACCCCACCUACCAACUGUGACGCUCCAGAACGUCCUAAGACUCGGUGUGAGCAGCACAGGGACAGCAUACAGAAAACAGUGGACGGAUUGCCCAUAGUAGGAGCCUUCAUCCCUGACUGUGAUGAGGAGGGUCACUACAGACCUCAACAGUGCCAUGGCUCUACAGGACACUGCUGGUGUGUGGACAGUAGUGGGCAGGAAAGAGCAGGCACCCGUACCCCACCUGGUACCCCACCUACCAACUGUGACGCUCCAGAACGUCCUAAGACUCAGUGUGAGCAGCACAGGGACAGCAUACAGAGAAGAGCGGACGGUUUGCCCAUAGUAGGAGCCUUCAUCCCUGAGUGUGACGAGGAGGGUCGCUACAGACCUCAACAGUGCCAUGGCUCUACAGGACACUGCUGGUGUGUGGACAGUAGUGGGCAGGAAAGAGCAGGCACCCGCACCCCACCUGGUACCCCACCUACCAACUGUGAUGCUCCAGAACGUCCUAAGACUCGGUGUGAGCAGCACAGGGACAGCAUACAGAGAAGAGCGGAUGGUUUGCCCAUAGUAGGAGCCUUCGUCCCUCAGUGUGACGAGGAGGGUCGCUACAGACCUCAACAGUGCCAUGGCUCUACAGGACACUGCUGGUGUGUGGACAGUAGUGGGCAGGAAAGAGCAGGCACCCGCACCCCUCCUGGUACCCCACCUACCAACUGUGACGCUCCAGUUCAUUCAGAACGUCCUAAGACUCGGUGUGAGCAGCACAGGGACAGCAUACAGAGAAGAGCGGAUGGUUUGCCCAUAGUAGGAGCCUUCGUCCCUCAGUGUGACGAGGAGGGUCGCUACAGACCUCAACAGUGCCAUGGCUCUACAGGACACUGCUGGUGUGUGGACAGUAGUGGGCAGGAAAGAGCAGGCACCCGUACCCCGCCUGGUACCCCACCUACCAACUGUGACGCUCCAGAACGUCCUAAGACUCAGUGUGAGCAGCACAGGGACAGCAUACAGAGAAGAGCAGACGGUUUGCCCAUAGUAGGAGCCUUCAUCCCUCAGUGUGAUGAGGAGGGUCACUACAGACCUCAACAGUGCCAUGGCUCUACAGGACACUGCUGGUGUGUGGACAGUAGUGGGCAGGAAAGAGCAGGCACCCGUACCCCACCUGGUACCCCACCUACCAACUGUGACGCUCCAGAACGUCCUAAGACUCGGUGUGAGCAGCACAGGGACAGCAUACAGAGAAGAGCGGAUGGUUUGCCCAUAGUAGGAGCCUUCAUCCCUGAGUGUGAUGAGGAGGGUCGCUACAGACCUCAACAGUGCCAUGGCUCUACAGGACACUGCUGGUGUGUGGACAGUAGUGGGCAGGAAAGAGUGGGUACCCGCACCCCUCCUGGUACCCCACCUACCAACUGUGACGCUCCAGUUCAUCCUGAACGGCUGAAGACUCAGUGUGAACAGCACAGAGACACUGUGCAGGCUGGAGUGGAUGGUUUGCCGGUGGUGGGAGCAUUUGUCCCUGAGUGUGACGAGGAGGGUCGCUACAGACCUCGACAAUGCCAUGGCUCUACAGGACACUGCUGGUGUGUGGACAGUAAGGGGCAGGAGAGGGCAGGAACCCGUACACCCCCUGGUACCCCACCUACCAACUGUGAUGCUCCAGAACGUCCUAAGACUCAGUGUGAGCAGCACAGGGACAGCAUACAGAAAAGAGUGGACGGUUUGCCCAUAGUAGGAGCCUUCAUCCCUCAGUGUGACGAAGAGGGUCGCUACAGAACUCAACAGUGCCAUGGCUCUACAGGACAUUGCUGGUGUGUGGACAGUAGUGGGCGGGAAAGAGCAGGCACCCGCACUCCACCUGGUACCCCACCUACCAACUGUGACGCUCCAGAACGUCCUAAGACUCAGUGUGAGCAGCACAGAGACAGCAUGCAUGGCAGAGGGGAUGGUUUACCUGUGCUGGGAGCCUUCAUUCCUCAGUGUGAUGAGGAGGGACGUUAUAAGUCAUUACAGUGCCAUGGGUCUACAGGACACUGCUGGUGUGUGGACAGUAGGGGGCAGGAGAGAGCAGGCACCCGUACCCCACCUGGUACCCCACCUACCAACUGUGAUGCUCCAGAACGUCCCAAGACUCCCUGCGAACAGCACAGAGACAGAGCACAGAGCCGAGUAAAUGCAUCACCUGUGGCGGGAGCCUUCAUUCCUCAGUGUGAUGAGGAGGGUCAAUACAGGUCUCUACAGUGCCAUGGGUCUACAGGACACUGCUGGUGUGUGGACAGUAGGGGGCAGGAGAGAGCGGGCACCCGUACCCCACCUGGUACCCCACCUAGAAACUGUGACAUUCCAGUGGUGGCAGUCCCUACGCAGCAUCCGCAGACGGUGUGUGAGCGCUGGCGUGCAAGUCUGAUGGAGCACUAUGGAGGUCGUCCAGGUCCACAGCAUUUUCUUCCCCAGUGUGACACAUCAGGCGAGUUCACCCCAGUGCAGUGUUAUGGCGAUACCAGUUACUGCUGGUGUGUAGACAAAGAUGGCCGAGAAGUUCCCGGGACCCGCUCACACGACAAAGUCAAACCUGCCUGUAUACCAACUGUUCCCCCGCCCACCAUGCAUCCACUGCCCCGCCCAGAUGUGACUCCUCCCCCAUCAGGCACUACUUUGCUCUACGCUCAAGGCCAGCAGAUUGGAGCGCUUCCUCUCAACGGCACGCGCAUGGACAAGGAGAGAUCCUCAGUGCUUCUUGCCCUGCAUGGCUCCAUAGUGGUUGGUAUUGACUACGACUGCAGAGAAAGGAAGGUUUAUUGGACGGAUCUUGCUGGAAGAACGAUCAGCAGAGCCGCUCUGGAGCCUGGAUCAGAGCCUGAGAUUCUCAUUAACACCGGUCUCAUGAGCCCAGAGGGUUUAGCCGUGGAUGUGGCACGCAGGAGGAUGUUCUGGGUAGACAGCACGCCAGAUAAAAUCGAGACGGCCAAACUGGAUGGAAGCGACCGACGUGUUCUGUUCAACACUGAUUUGGUUAAUCCCAGAGCCAUCAUAGUGGACUCUCUCUCAGGAACUCUGUACUGGACCGACUGGAAUCGGGAAGCCCCGAAAAUUGAAAGCUCCACCGUGGAAGGGCAGAACAGGAGGGUGCUAGUGCAGGACGGCAUUGGGCUCCCUAAUGCUUUGACGAUUGACCCCACAACACGUCGUAUCUGCUGGGCCGAUGCAGGGACAAAGCGUUUGGAGUGCAUCGCGCCUGAUGGGACGGGCCGACACGUGAUUCACAGCAACCUGAACUAUCCGUUCAGCAUGGUGUUUUACGCCAAUCACUUCUACUACACAGACUGGAGGAGGGAUGGAGUCAUUGGUGUAAGUCGAGACUCAAGCCAUUUUACAGAUGAGUAUCUGCCUGAUCAGCGUUCACAUCUGUACGGCAUCACUGUCGCCUCCUCCAGCUGUUUAUAGGAGAGGACGUAAUAACAGAGCCACUGUUACAUGGUGCUAUUUUUCAAGGAUGUUUUUUUUGUAGUGUUCACACGUUGGGAAACGAACGCCUCUCUCAGCCGUUGCCAAAGCCCCUGCAUCUUUAUAAACCCCCCAAGAAAAGGUGACUCUUUUCCCUGUUUAGUUUUGUACAUUUGUUUUAUACCUCAUUUCUUUCUACUGUAUUUUUGUGUUUUUUUUUAAUAAAAGAAAGCCAAAGAGGCCCAAAUUAUAGUUUUUUUUUUGUGCAAAACGUUCAUGUGUAUAAAUACAUUUAUACACGUGUGCAGUAUUGGAGCCCUCUGUGCACUAAUAAGAAUCCGACGUAUGGAAAUGCAUUGAACAUAGCCGAUGUUUUUCUUUUACUACAGUCCCUUUUUGUAACCUUUUUUUUUAUCUUUUGUAAGAUGUGAUAUUUAUAACAAUAAAAAGUGAUUCACAA